AUGUCAAAAUAUCACUUGACACCUGGCCAAGCAACAAAGAUACAUUUGAGGAAUUUUGAACGUGCAAAAAGUGUUUAUCAUGGUUACCGUUUGGAUGAUAUUAUUUCCAAUAGGUCAUUGUUGAAGUUUUUUGACCGUUACAUUACACAUCAUGGUAUGGACGGUCUUAUGAUAUUUUAUACGACAGUUAUUGCGAUCGGACAUUUCAAUUCUACAUCAUUCAUAUACAAUCCGGAAACACAGGAAUUAAAAACAACGAAUUUAUUCGGAUUUGUCAUGGCUGAAUCUGGGAAAAAGAAAUCACAUUAUAUAAAUGAACAAUUAAGAGCAAUUGACAAACAAGAACAAUUUAUUCAUCAACAAGAAACAACAUCGUCGUUGGCAACAAUGACAACAUCACCAAAACGAAAAAGAUCAAAGUCCUCAACAACAAGUGACGGUUCUGACUUUGAAUUUGAAUCAAAGACAUCAAUUAGACAAUAUUACACACCGGCGUCCUUGAUGACUUCUUUAUUUGAAAAAUCAAUAUUUAUCAUUUCAAACGAAGGUGAAGGAACAUUAAAUGAAAGUGGAUACAGUGAUCCAGGCGACCGUACAUCUGACCAAAAAUCAGCAAAUCUCAUUGAAGGUUAUGAUGGCAUAAAACUGCUGUUGAAAAACACUAUGGGCUAUGAGCGUCGUAUAAGUGGACGAACAUUGACGUUAUUAUUAGCUACAACGGGGAAACGAUUUCCAACUAUGAUACGUUACUUUGACACAUAUGAAAUAUCUGGUGGAUAUAUUGAACGGUUCCUAAUAUUUUGCUAUGAUAAUCCACAAGUAAAUCUUCCUGAAAAUGAAACAAAGGAACAGGAAGAAAAGCGAUAUACAGAACGUUUAGAAAAUAUUAAAAAAAAAAAACCAAACAAAAAAUGUGCAAGUUUAGACCAUUUAUACGUAGUUCGUCAUUUAAUUAGUUUUAAAAUUUAUAAGUUGGCAGACGAUGCUUACGUUUAUUUGCAACCUAUUCUUGAUAAACUAUCAAAAAACCUUCAAUUUAAUGAAUUGACGGGGGACGUGAAAAACUUCACAAAACUACAGCAAUCGAUAAUGAGACGCGGUGCCGAGAUAUGUUUAAGAAUUUGUGCCAAUGUACAACAAAUCAUUGACUGUAUGUCAAUUAUUGAUUUAAUUGACAGAAAAACCUUUGGGUAUCUCGACAAUGAUUUUUAUGCAGAAGCAAAAUCAUUAGUUGAACAACAUCAUGGCUGUCCAAUACUAGUUGAAGGAUCAUUAAAUGAUGACGGAACACCGAAAAAUGAUUUGUUAUCAACAAUAUCAAUAGAAGCUUGUGAGAUAGGUGCAAAAUUUUAUUUGCGGAUAUUAUUACCUCAAUUAUUAUACUUAUUUGAUUGUAAAACUAUUAACCCAAUUCCACAUAAUGAUUUAUGUAUUUUAUCUACAAACGCUGUCGUCGUUACAUCGAGCGACAUUCGACAAGUGUUAAAUUUAGAACUAAAAUUCUUUCAUAAAACACAAUUGUAUGGAAAUGGUAACCCAUUGAAAAAGUUAAAAUCUUGUGAAAUUGAUGCCGUUUUAGAAAAAAUGGUUCUGGAUAAGUUACUAAUACGGGGUGAUAAACAUGAAGCAUUUUUUUUUAAUCCAUAUCAAAACAAACCAUUUAUUACGUUUGCGAAAGUGAUUCCAUCUGUUGAUGAACGUCUAGAUUUUGAAAAUAAAUUAACAUCACAUAAUGUUUCCUAUGUUGAAUAUGUACAAUGUUAUGAAAAUUCCAAAUAUGUACCAUCCAGUGACACAUUCUUAACAGAACGUGGAGUUAAAUUACUUCGUGAA